AUGUCUGGUGAUCCCAAUGACCCUGAAAAGGGGCCUGGGAUCAUUUAUCACUGGACUGAUUCCGAAGACUCAUCAGUGAAGAUGAACUCGUUCGUGUGGAGGUUAAAGAUCAACAUCAACGGCCAAAGCUCACUAGCUACCCAGGUAGAGCGGGUUAAUCCCUUCGCCCAAGAACCUCAGGCCUCAGUUUCGCUCCCGCUUCCUACACCACCUCAAGCUCUCGAUAAUCGUCCAAAGUUUGUAUAUAAAGUCCGAUCUAUGGAUAAUCCAAGCAACCGGCAGAUCUUCAUGACAAAGACCCCCAAAUAUCUCAUCUUCAACGUCGUUAUGGAAAGUGGCUGGGGAACAUUGGAUACGAAACUGGACGCCGCGCUCGAAGCGUCAGGCGAAGCCGCUUUGAUGAAGUCAUACUUUGGCCAUGGAGCUUAUAUGCUCUCCAACGUUCGUUUCAACCAGUUAAUCAGCUUCCACAAGACUGAUGGAGUCAAUACACACAUUGUCAUUAAUUUGAUAUCCCGUAGAGUCACCACGGAUAGCAGCACCCCAGGCGUGUAUAUCUACCGCUACGAAGACGAAUACCGGCGAGUCUCGUAUAACUCUAAAGUUGAAGAGAAAUACAACGAUAGAUAG